UUCAGUCCACGGUACCUAAGCAUCGUUCGUCCAGUGCCAGCGUUCUCCCUUCACCGCGUGCCUUCCGUCCUGUCUCCUCCCUUCGUCCGUGUAUCCGUCUGUCCUGUCCGUCUCGUCCCUCCCGCUCGUCCCGUCUCUCCUUGCAUGGGCAGUCACGGCAGCAAGCAGAGCAAGGAAGGGGAGAACACGGCCCUGCUGGAGUCGCUGAAGGAGCACCGCGCCUCUAUCAACUGCAUGGCAAAAUCUGAGGACGAGUCGUUGCUGGUGACGGCCAGCGACGACAAGGAGGCGAGGCUGUGGGGGAUGGUGGCGGGGCGGGAGGGCGAGACGGAGUGCCUGGGGAGUCUGGAAGGUCACACCGGCUUCGUGACCUCCGUGGACGUGACCGGGGAGUACGUGGUGACCGGCUCCAGCGACACCACGGUCAAGAAGUGGGACAUGACCUCCUGCGAGUGUUUGUUUACCUACGAAGGACACACAGGGCAGGUGAUGCGAGUGAUCUGCACGGGCGAGUACAUCAUCAGCUCCUCGCGGGAUCACACGGCAAGGGUCUGGAUCUUCGACACCGACGAUAUCACGCCCGAGAACAAGCAGAGGUGUUGCGUGCGUACCCUCAGGGGGCAUGUCAAGGGCGUGCACCCAAUCAUCUACAUCCCUCGGCGGAAGACUGGGGGCGAGGGAGGCGGCGAGGAGGGCGGGGACGAGAAGAAGGAGGAGAACAGCAUUAUCAAGGACGAGGAGCUUGUGAUAACGGGGAGCACUGAUAGCACGGCGCGUCUUUGGUCCAUCUUCUCUGGCGCUUGUCUGGUGACGUACAAGAACCACCGCGGACCUGUAAUGACCAUGGCCACAGACAAUGACGUGCGUGUUCUCUUCACCGGCAGCGCUGACAAAACCAUUCGGUCCUUUGACAUCCAAACAGGACGACCCCUCAAGGUGUUCGAGGGUCACACGGAGGCCAUCCUGUGUCUGUCAGUGGUGAACAAACUCAUGUACAGCGGCGACACGGACGGGCGGGCCAAGUGUUGGGUGUGGCAGUACGGGGACUGUACCUGUGAAUACCGCGGCCACCACAACUCCGUCACCUGUAUCAAAUUUCACCAAGGCGUAGUAUAUACAGGGUGCGGGGAUGGAAUCACACGUGCUUUCGACGCCAAGACAGGUGUGCUUCGCCAGGUGUACAGGCAGGAGCAAGGUGGUGGAGGUGGUGGUGGUGGUGGUGGUGCUUUGGUUUCCUGCCUGACUGUCUGUGGUGGUCGGCUGUACACGGGCAGUGAAGAUGGGGUGCUGAGGGUGUGGGAUGUGAGUCAGGGAGGAACAGCAGCGUGGACUUAACACAGAAGAAGGAGAAUUAGAAGCUGAGAAAGACAAACUGAAACGAAAUAGGAGGAGGAGGAGGAGGAG